CUUCAGCGAAGGCUUUCCUUUUCAUUGGGGCUCUCGAAACAGAGAUACUGAUAUUUUGAAAAUACAGCAAGUCCGAGAAGCGAUAAAUAGGUGGUAUAGGGAUGGCAAGGAGAGAUGAAAAGGGCUUUUGAAUCAUAUCUACGCUCAUAGCACAUAGGCUUUUGCCAAACAUCAAACUUGGCAGAAAAAAAAUUACAGGAAAAGAGAUCGAGGGGGUAAGAAUAUGAUCACUGGUUGGAGAAAGGCGUUUUGCACUUCCAUCUCCAAGGACACGGACUCUAAAGCUUUGAGAAAGAAGCAUCAGCAACAUUGCGACAAUGAUGAUACCAACCAAACUCCGAGAGCAAGUUCCAACUUUGCCUUCUUCUCUAAUCCUUCAACCCCUAGACUUCGGUGUCGAACUUCUGUGCCUAAGGCAGCUCCUACUUCUUCAGUUCCCAAUAGCCCUAGACUCCGUUGCAGAACUGCCAAAACUCCCAAGAAGCUCUCUGAUCCGCCCUCACCAAAGUCGCCGUCAAGUUUCUCACUUCUCAAAGCCAGCUUACGACUAUCCAAGAGUAAAUGUGGAAUCUGUAUGCAGAAUGUAAAAGCUGGAUCGGGGACAGCGAUUUUCACAGCAGAAUGCUCUCACACCUUUCACUUCCACUGCGUAGCUACUCAUGUCACCAAGCAACAAAUCCUUCUCUGUCCUGUCUGCAGCACGAGCUGGAAAGAACUGCCGUCAUUCUCCAUGCACAAUGACAACAACUACCAGAAAUCAUCAGAGGAAAACAGAGCACACAAGGUUACCAGAAAUGUCAGGACUACUAAGGCUUUGAAAGUAUACAGCGAUGACGAGCCCCUCAUGUCUCCCACUUCUGUCGCUCGCUUCAAUCCAAUACCUGAAUCAGAUGAGAAUGACGAAGUUUCAGAAGAAGAAUCGAUAGAGUUCCAAGGUUUUAACGUGAAUCCAGUUCGGAAUCCUCUGUUUUCGCCAGAGACCAGAGACAUUGAAAUGUCCUUGUUACCCGAGGCUGCUAUCAUGGCGGCAAAUCGAAAUUAUGAGACUUACGUUAUGGUCUUAAAGGUCAAGGCUCCGCCUUGUCGGACAUUGGCAUGCCGGGCACCGAUAGACCUCGUGAUGGUGCUCGACGUCGGUGGGACCAUGGCCAGCUCAAAGCUUCAGGUAAUAAAACGGUCGAUGCGACUAGUGAUUUCGUCCCUUGGGUCCACUGAUCGUCUCUCCAUUGUUGCUUUCUCGUUGGGGUCAAAACGGCUUCUUCCGUUGCGAAGAAUGACCAGCAGUGCGCAGAGAUCGGCGCGUCGGAUUGUGGACAAACUGACCGCGAUUGCCGAAAGCCGAGCAGGAUCGUGUUUUAAAGACGACGCGCUUAGGAAAGCCGCGAAGGUGCUAGAAGAUCGACGAGAGCAGAACCCCGUAGCAAGCAUCGUUCUUCUAUCGGAUGGUGAAAAUGAAUGCAUAACUAAUCCUUUAUUCGUGGAAGAACGUCCGUGUGUGUCAUCUACGCGCCACCCUCACCUUGAUAUCCCUGUCCAUUCCGUGAGACUACCGGACGGAGGAACCACGUUUGACCACGCACAGCCACAUUACUCUCUUGGCAAGUACUUGAAUGGUUUGUUAAAUAUGGUGGCGCAAGACCUGAGGCUUCAACUAAGGGUAGUCUCCCGCCCCCUUCCGGCGGAGAUCGCCGCAGUGUACUGCGUCUCGGGUGGGCCUACUGCCAUUGGGGCGGGUCUGGUCCGUUUAGGCGAUCUUUACGCGGAUGAAGAGAGAGCAUUAUUGGUGGAGUUGAAAGUGCCCGCCGCUUCGGCUGGGUCCCACCAUGUUCUAUCCGUACGAUCAUCUUACCGGGACCCACCUACUCGAGGGUUAAUAUAUCCCAGAGAGCAGGCACUUCCCAUUCCCCGACCCCACGCCGUCCGCUCGUCGGAUCCGAAGAUCGAACGAUUGCGGAAUCUCCACGUCACCGCAAGAGCAAUAGCCGAGUCAAGACGGCUAGCCGAGCACCGCGAUCUAUGCGGAGCUGGCUACCUACUCUCCUCCGCUCGAGCUCUGUUGACGCAGUCGGCUUCAAAAUCGGCUGAGGAGUACUUGCGGUGGCUGGAAGCCGAGCUGUUCGAGCUACAGCGGCGGAGACAGAAGCUUCAGAGCGGGAGCCAACGAAAUAAUCGCGCGGAGAAGAUGGAGCUACUUACGCCGACGUCAGCCUGGCGAGCCGCCGAGAGGUUGGCUAAAGUGGCAAUCAUGAGGAAGUCCUUGAACAGAGUCAGCGACUUGCAUGGCUUUGAGAACGCCAGAUUUUAGCGAUAAUCCUCCUCCCUGCCUGUCGUACUUGGUAACUUUGUA